AUGGCGCGCUCCAAGGCGGUGCUGCUCGCCGCCCUCCUUGCCGUCGCAGCGCACUCCGCCGCUGCGGCUGCUACAGGCCGGUCCUGCAUGAGGAAGUGCGACGACGAGUACAACGAUGACGACGACGACGACGACGCCUUCAAGAAUGGCAUCCGCCCCGUUGCAGUCUCCGUGUCCAAUGAUCACGACCAUGACGACCACCACGAUGAUCACGACCACGACCACGACGACCACGACCAUGAUGACCACCAUGACGACCAUGGCGAACACCACGACGAUGAUGAUGACGACGACGACGCCGAUGACGACGACGAGUGCCGGGUGGAGUGCACCGAGGACUGCAUCGACUACGUGCCCGGCAUUUGUUACCACCACUGCGCCUCCCGCUCAUGUCUUUACUUGCCACCUUAUAGCUACCGGAGAACGGCUUGCUUCCAUCGAUGCGGCCACAGAUGCUACCACCAUGGCCACCAUCAUCAUCACCAUCACCACCAUGACGAUGAUGAUGAUGACCACGACGACGACGAUGACCACCACGAUAGCCCAACACCAAGCCCACCUAAACCUGGACCCAAGCCAAAACCACCCAAGCCAAGGCCAACGCCCAAGCCACCGAGGCCGAGGCCAACGCCGGAGAUACCGCCCAUGCAGCAGAAGCCCAAACAGCCGAGUACCCCGAAGCCACCACAAAAGCCGACACUGCCGAGUUCUCCGAAGCCACCACCGAAGCCGACACCGCCUAGUACACCCAAGCCACCACCAAAGCCAAUGCCUAGUACUCCGAAGCCACCGCGAAAGCCGCCACCACCGAGUACUGAUCCGAAGCCACCACUAAAGUCUGUAGCGCCAAGUAUCCCGAAGCCAGCACCGUCGAGUACCCCAAAACCACCACCGAAGCCAACAACGUCUAGUACAUCAAAACCACCACUGGAGUCAGUAGCACCCCCGAAGCCACCACUGGAGCAGACAAAUCCACCACCAGAACUGACAUUGUCCAAUACUCUAAAGUCACCACCGAAACUGAUAUCAUCCACUAAAUCGAAGCCACCUCAUAUUACACCGAAGCCACCAGCACCGCCCAGAGCACUGAAGCCACCGGCACCGCCCAGAACACCAAAGCUAGCAACUCCCAGGCCGCUGAAGCCAUCACCGAGGAGACAAAGCUAG